AUGUCAGAGUCUGAUCCUGACUCAGUAACUGAAACUGAUUUCACCAGUAAACUGAAUUUGUUUCGGAUACAAGUGAACAGCCAGGAAGGAGGAGUCAUUUGUUCAGAAUGAAGCGGGUUGAAGUGUUAAUAUUUUAUUUCUUACUGAUUGUUUGGUGCGUCCGGCCUGUCGACGGUGACUUUCUGGUCUCAGAUGUUACACAUGAUGAUGAUGCCCACCCCAACACCCUCACAGAAACCGACGCCGAUGCACCGGACAGGAAUAUCCAAACAAACAGGGACAUACGGGAGACGAGCAUGGAGACAAACUGGGACGAGCCAGAUAUGAGAAAGGACCACUAUGAGGAUGCUGACUGGCAUCCUCUUACCUUCUUUACGGAAACGCUUACCGACCUGACCCCUGACGCCCCACUGGUGAUACGCAAUGACAACCCUGGUGCUGAAGUUAGCACCAACCGGACUAUCAGCAAUUCAUCAGCGUCAGAGUGCGGCGAGUUCAGCAGUCAGCUGAUGUCUAACGGACAAUGCCGACUGACGGCAACACUUCCUCCUGUAGGAAAUUCUCAAAAACGCUGCCCAGACAUGUUCCGGUGUACAGACGACGUCUCCUAUUGGCUCCAUGAGAACGAAAACAGAAAGGAGCAGCUGGAAGAGCUGAAAGAGACGAUGUCAGGGCUCCAGGAGGAGCUGAGGAACCACCGGCAUCGAGUCAAGGCCCUGGAGAUGCAGGUAGACUUCCUGCUGUCUACUCUACGUUCAUGAAAUGUCGCGUUGAACUUUGUAAAGNNCCGUCACGCCGAGGCCGACACGCUGCUCCACGUGCACGCGGCGCUGCUGUACGAGCUGCAGGUGCAGCUCCGAAACCUGUCGGCGACCGCGCGCCACAUGAGUCACAACACGGGCUGCAAGGUCAACGUGAUCAGGACUGCGCCACUCGGCAUGCGAGACACACUGCCACCAGAUGUACAGCCCCUGUCUUUCUGUCCAUCAGACUGUGCCUCGCUGUAUCACAACGGUGUCCGUCGUUCUGGUGUUUACACUAUUGUCCUGUCACCAGGCACCGCCCGGCCUGUCUACUGCGACAUGGACACCGAGGGUGGAGGCUGGACAGUGUUUCAGCGGCGCCGUGAUGGGUCAGUGAGCUUCAACCGUGGAUGGUCUGAGUACCGUGAUGGCUUUGGCGAGCCGCGAGGUGAACACUGGCUGGGGAACCAGCACCUGCACCGGCUGUCUAACCAGGGCCACUACAGCCUCCGCAUUGACCUGCAGGACUGGAGCCACGCCCACAAACAUGCUCUGUACCACACUUUCAGGUAAACAGACACAGGGGGGCACUACUCUCUGAAAGCUCAGAACUUGCUGGGGCCAGAUGGCAUUGUUUGGUUCUCCUGGAAGGAUUCAGACUUCUACUCUCUGAAGGCGGUCACCAUGAUGGCACGACCACAUAACUUCAGGCCACGCCUGUCACCAUAGAAACACUCUCAAUGACACUCAAGGAUUCUGCAGCAGCAAAGAUGAUUUUUGAAAACGUUUUUCUAUAAAGUGACUGGUGAUUCUGUACAGGCUGUUUUAAAAAGUCAUUGGCCACUGAAAUGUAGCUAAUUCAGAUAUUUCUUCCAAACUAGCUGCACAAAUAAUUGCCCAAUGGUAGCUGAGCAACCAAGAGCUUCCAGAAGUAACUGUACCAGAAUCAAUUAUGUACUGGAAAUAUUCCCCAAAAAUGCAUCAUUUCCUUCUGUGUAACUUUUUGCUUUUUUUAAACAUAAAUGAUGAAUAAAACUGAUUAUUUUUGA